UCUAGUCAUGUUGAGAUGGAAGCGUUCUAUUGUCGAGAGCGUAGACGAACUUGGAAAUACUCCAUUACAUUAUGCAUCCGAUGUUGGGUAUAAUGACAUCAUAAAAGAACUUCUAAGAGCAAAACCACCCGUUGAUGUGAGAAAUUGUGCAUUAGAAGGUGAGCAGACACCGCUUCAUAUGGCAGCAUCGGAAGGGAGGACAGAAGCAGUUCAUCUUCUUCUCAAUUCAGCUUCUAACAUUAAUCAAACAGAUCUCUUUCAACGAACCCCACUUCAUCUUGCUUCCAUGAAUGGUCACAUAGGGGUGGUGGAAUUGCUUCUCUUUGGAAAGAGUGACGUCACACAAACAGCAGACAUAACCCUCUGUGAUGCAUCCGAAGAAAGCUGUCUAGAUUACGCCAUUGAUAACGGCCAUGAGAAAGUCGUGAGGAUGAUAAUAAAGCAUGAAAGAUGGCGAGAGGUCAUGAAGGCAUCGAGUCUGGAUAAAGAGACUAAUUAUCAGACUACGCCCAUGAGAAAACUAAUCAGUCAUAUGCCUGGAAUGGCAAGGCUGGUUCUUGAUCGAUGUAUCACAGUAAAAAAAGACAAGAGAAACGUAGACGUCGAAUUCUAUUAUGAAUUUUUGGAGGAUUCCUAUUCGACAUGGAUGCGGCCAUCACAACAAACAGAAGAUUUGAAAAGUGAAGAGAACACUAAUGAUGAUGAUGGAUUGGUAAACGAGUUUCUACGUCGUGUCUACCGUCCUAUAACAUCAAAUCAGAGCAUAGAAGCAGACCAAUAUGACUCCGAUCAUCGUCUUAAGAAAGAUGCCACGUCAUAUAUUACAGAUCCUACAGAAAAAACGAUCAACCAUCCUCUGUUUCUCAUGGUGUCAUCUCCACACAUGGAGCUUCUUGAUCAUCCACUGGUGACUACAUUCCUGCAGCAUAAAUGGAACGCGAUAGCUCGUUAUGUCUUCCUAUCAACUUUAUCUCUCUAUCUAUUCUUCUUGGGCAUGUUGACUGGGUACAUCGUUAUUGUGCCUCCAAACUUCUACAUAAAGUCUUCAAAUCGUUCGAUUGAUCCACCUGAUGUAGUCUGGUUUGCAGACGGAGAGGAGCGUUGGGUUCAUUCAGUCCAGAGAUCUACCUUGGUAUUCUUCGAUCAGUUUGGACCAGCUGUCAUUGUCGCUCUCUCAGCACUCAACCUCUUUCGUGAGAUUGUACAAAUGGUUCUUCAGAGGUUGGCCUACUUCAAAAACAUGGACAAUUAUCUUGAGUUGUUUCUCUACAUCGCCGCCAUUUUGUUUGCUCUGCCGUUUAGUGAGGUUGAGUAUGUAGACAGUGGACACAUAAAGAAGGACUGGCAGUGGCAGUGUGGAGCAGUGGCAGGCUUUUUUGGUUGGAUAAAUCUUUUGCUCUUCAUUCGUGGAAACUCAAAGCUUGGGAUCUACGUCAUUAUGUUCAUUGAUAUCAUAUGCACAUUCCUCAAGUUUGCAAUCAUUCUGGUUUUGUUCAUCAUGGCAUUCGGCUUAGCAUUCUACGCUCUCUUGAUGAAUCAGAAUCCAUUCAAUCGACUAGGCUACUCCCUGGCAAAGACCUUUGUAAUGAUGAUCGGUGAGCUCGAUUACGCUAGUAUAUUCUUUGCUCAAGACUACCUUGGAACUCAAAACACUCGAGCUGAUGGCGAUGAUACCUAUUUCUUGAAUGCUAUCUUCUUCAAAGGACUUACCUAUGUAUUCUUCUGUACAUUUCUCGUUGUCAUGGCAAUUCUUAUGAUGAACAUGCUUGUUGGAUUAGCAGUUGAUGAUAUCCAAGCAAUUCAGAAGAAAGCUAACCUUCAUCGACUCAAACUACAGGUGGAAUCAGUAAUGGGGGUACAGACCAACUUUCCAUUCUGGGUGUGGCGCUCAUCAAUCAUCCGACAGAAGACAUUUCAUCUAAGAGACAUCAAGAUACAGAAAUGGCUUCAACGUCUGGUCAACGUUAGGAAGCAACUAAAACGUGCUGUAGAAAUAGGUGGUUCUCAACAGGAUUUCUCUGUGGCUGAGGAGAGUGAAGAGACGUAUGGUAAAAUACAUGAGAAGAUUGAGGAGAUGGUGAUGAAAAUGGAUCAAUUAUCCAAAGAAUUAUUGGAAAGGGAGAAGAAAAGAGAUGUACAGAUGAAUGAAUUACAAAAGGCUCAUGAUACCUUGAACGACCGAUGCGACAUUCUGAAAGCAACACAAGAGCGCUUUGAAGAUCACUGAGAUGAACCGUCUUACAACGUCUCUUAAUGCAGUUCUUUAAAAAUUUAAGGAAGACUAGCAGCCAAAAUAAAGUUUAAAUGAGAUCUAGGCCUAUUUUUUAGGCGCGCCCUUUGGCGAGGCGUCAAUCCAAAUUUUGCUAUUCUCCACCCAUGCAGAUUUUAAAUGGUAUACGCGGUCGGAUACAAUAACCUAUACAUGUAUAUAGUAUUCCCAGGCUCGCUAACUCUUUUUAUAGUCACAUUCGGUUUAUAUGAGUGUGCACAAAUUAAUGUCCCUAAAAUACACGCGCGUUCUCUAUUAUUAAUGUAGAUAAUAUAUGAAUUUUAUUGUAAAUAACAAAUCAUAACCGUUACUUUAGGAGCAUGAGGGGUCAUGAUUUUGUAAUCAUGAAAAAGUUAUAUACAUACAUUCAUAACAGACAAUGGUUAUAUAAAUUAUAUACAUACAUUCAUAACAGCUUUGGUUAUAUACAUUAUAUACAUACAUGCAUAACAGAUGUGACAAUGGUUAUAUACAUUAUAUACAUACAUGCAUUAAUAGACAUUGGGUAUACAUGCAUAUAUUUAUAGUAUUAAGAUUUUAUUACUCCGGAGUUGAUAAACACAAAUAACAACAACAAAAAGGAAUUAAAGAAUCCUUAAAAGUAUAGAAUUACACAACAAUAUUAUUGUUUUCAUUUAUUCAUCGGCGGAUCCAGCAAUGAUUAAUCAGAGUGAGGAGGCACAAUUGGGCCCCACUUUUAGUUUAAUAAUAUCAUGAGAGGCAAAAAGCGAUCAAAUGUCACCAUUUCUAUCUAUCCUCUUGAUUCUUGUUUUUUUCUAUCUUGAAAAGGUUCCCGUCUCUUAAAAAAAAAAUAAUUACUCAACUCACAACGCCCCCCUACUGUCUUUUAUACAACCAGGGGAGCCCCCCCCCCCCUUCCCUGGAUCGGGCCAGUAUACUUGGUAUACACUGUUAACAAAUUUAUCCUUAAAAUAAAAGAAGUUCCUGCAGCAGAGUCUCGAGAACACCUGUAAUCUUACCAGAUUGCGUAAUCUUACAGAAAAUUGGUAAUUGGUGUUUGGAAUCUUACAAAUUUCCUUAAAUAAAACACCCUUUUCCCCUUUUUAAACAGAUCUGUUCUGUUAAAUUGCAGAAAAAACCUGUUUUAUGAAUUUACAGAAUGAUUCUGUUAUUGCUUUCUGCAAAUUUUUUUUUUUCUGUGAAAUCACGUUUUUUUAAACAGUGUAUACGGUAUAUAUGCAUAAUAUAUUUGUGACUCUAAAUGAGACAUAAUGAACGUUGUGAAUAAGAAUUAUGAGAAAUUUAUUACACAAUCAUAAUAACAAUUAGUCAUAAAUUAUGCAAAAUAACAGAUUUAAAACAAAUCCAUAAUGUAACCACAACAUGAUUGUGUAUGAAAUGAAAUCCAGCAUCUUUGGAAAGUUUAAAAGCGGACGGAAUGGCAAUAAAAACAUGCAUACAUAUAUAGACAGGAAACACAAUCACGUAGAAUUCUCUAGAUUCAAAUCAUUUUAUUUUCUUCUUUCUUUAUGAACUUCUAGAAAAGGGAAAGUCUUGCCAAGAAUAGAGUAAAAAAGAAAGUACAUGUAGUCAAAGCCAAAUGUACUAUUAUCAGUCACGCCAACGAAAUUGACCCAAACCUACGGAACGAAUGUCAUUAAUCAUGUUAAUGUACUAGUUUUGAUGGGUCUGUAUCGGUUCGUUUGAUGUGACCAUGACUGAGAGUCUAGUUGGGUCAUAAACAUAACAAAAGAUGAUGCACUCUAAAAACACUUGAGUGAAGUUUUACACAAUAUUGGGUAGAAAGGGAACAUGCAUGUUUGCUGGGUAUUUUUUUUUUACCCCAUAUGCUCGAUGGAUACAGAGCGUAUAAAACACGUAUGCAAAGAGUACACAACGGAUACAUGACGUUUUCCAACGGAUGGCAAGAUUCUUUUCCGUUUUACAUCCUCUCUGCAUCCGUAAGUGCAGUGGGACUAGGUCUUAAAGGGUAAAUUUCAACGCAACAUUGCGUAAAUUUUACAAAAUAUUUGGUAUCUCUUUACUCAACCAACAUGCAUGUUCCCAUUUUACCAAAUAUUGGGUAAACCUUUUUUGUAGAAUGUGAGGCUAUGUAAAUCAUAUUCGAUUGGUUUCACAAUUCUACUGCACGAAGUUAGCACACGAUAAAAUGGAGCAGUUGUAUGCCAAGAAAGAAAGCGUUGCAUGACAUAAAGAAAUCAUAAUUAUGAGUUUCGCAUUGAAGGAGCAGAAUAAUUGAUAUUACUUUGUAAAGUGAUUUAUAUGAAGAAAAAAAUGCGGGAGAAAAAAAUAAUGUAUGUCAUAGAGAAUAUCAAAAAUGGUAGUUCUGAUAAUCAGCAUAUAGGCCUAGGUUUACAGCUGACUCAUAUAACUUGGCCAUCUAUUACUUGAUAAAAGCAUGCAAUGGAAUUUUUAGUGAGAUGAUUACCAUUAUGAUAACUUAAUAUUAAUAUAUCAACGACUUUAUUUCAUCAUAAAAAAAAGAUCUUGUUUGUGCACUUUGCAUAUUAUUUAUUUCAUCGCAAAUAUAUAGGUGCAAUUAUUCUGCUUGAAUUUUAAGAAGCAAAAUAGCAAAGAGCAAUCGAAUUUUGUUUUCACUUCCUUAUUUCAUUCAUUUGUAAAUAAAAUAUAAAAUGCAGAAAAAAUGACCUUCUUGAAUUUAAGUUCACAAGUAACAAAAGUCUCGUCUCGAUAAUUAGGAUAUCACAGUUAUUAAAGUACUAUUUUCACUUACGAAUAUAUUCUGCCAUGGUAUGAUAAGUGCUUUAAUUUCUAUCUGAAUAAGCGUUAUACAGUAAAAAUAUUGUAACAUCCUUUCAUCCAGUUUCAUUAUUGUGUUGUUACUUAAAGAUACGGUAUCACAGACAGUAUUUCCAUUUUUACGGUAACCGUAAAAAUGGAAAUAUUGUCUGUUAAUGGCAGUUUAUGGGAGCUUGGAAACUACAUUGGUAUUUGAAUUUUAUAAGCAAUAAAAUCAUUGAACAU